CCCGAUUGCAGUGGCUUCUUUUGCUGCCCAAACUCAGAUUAUAACAGGGACGCGGCGGAGCCGGGGUGCCGUUGGAGACAUAACAGCUGGCAAUUUAUACAAUCUUUUCGGAGCAACAGCUUUGCCAGAGAGUUUUUGUCUCCCUUUUAAGAAAUAAUUCUUCAUUUGAACUAAUACGCAAGCAUGUCCUGGCAAUCCUACGUGGAUAACCUGAUGGCUGAUGGCAGCUGCCAGGACGCCGCCAUUGUUGGGUACACGGACGCUAAAUACGUCUGGGCAUCAUUUACCGGUGGUACUUUCAGCAAUAUAACGCCUACAGAAAUCGACAUCCUAAUAGGCAAAGACAGAGAGGGAUUCUUCACCAGUGGUAUGACCUUAGGAAACAAGAAGUGCUCCGUCAUCAGGGACAGCCUUCUAAUCGAUGGGGACUGGACAAUGGACAUCAGGACGAAGAGUCAAGGAGGAGAGCCAACAUAUAAUGUUACUGUAGGCAGAGCUGGCAAAGCAAUGGUUUUAGUCAUGGGAAAGGAGGGUAUCCAUGGAGGGCAACUCAACAAGAAAGCGUUUACCAUGGCUGAAUACCUGCGGAAGUCUGGAUAUUAAAGCGUUCUCUUCCCAUCCAUCUUAGCAACUCAUUCUUAUCACAACCGUGUUGCGUUUUGACACUACUCCCUGUUGUAGUUCAUAGUUAUUUCUUUUCCCCACCAAUUUUUUUUCCUUUUUUAAAAAAACUUUUUAUUUUUAUUUUUGCCCCUUUCCUUAUCCUCCAUCCCACCUGGUUCAACACUACCCCUUCAUGUUCAUACAUUUAACACUGUGUACCCUAUCUCACUACACUACUGCUGCACCAAGAUUGAGAGGCAUGUUAACAGGACAUUGACAACACAUGUACUUUAUAUAGGAAGAAAUAGUAAAUGUGUAACCUGGCCAUUACUUAAUGUAUCAAGACUUCGCAAAAUAAACUGCAAUACACCUGAAAUUCAACUGACAUUUUUUUUAAGGUAUGCCGAUGCCUGGUAGUUGUCAAACUAAUGCCUUUUUGAGCACUUAAGCAGUUAAAAUGUAAAGAAAUGAAGGAAAAGCUCAUGUGGUCUUCCUGCUCAAGUCUGUCUGAGAAGGAAAAACUGCAUGCAUAUCUUCUGAACCUACUGAACUGCCUUUACAACAGUUGCCCUGACACCCCAGCUUUUGUUUCUUUUAGUAGUCCCUUAUUCUAGAUCCUGAAUUACCUACCUUCCACUCUUUUUACAACACUUUUUUUUUUUCAAUUAUAGAUGACACUCCAACCCUUACGAGGCUUAUCAUCCUCCAUCACCACUAAACAUUGAUAAUAUCUAUAGCCCUUCACCCUCUGUUGUAACACUACAUUGUACGAAUUUUUUUGGGUCGGGCGGGAGGGGUGGAGUUGUUCCUGGGAUGCAGUCUGUUGAGCUAUUGGUCUGGCAUUUUUGGUUCCCCUCUGGGUGUAAAUGGCAAGUGGCAGUGUUGCGCUGAGAUGCAGGUAGAAAUUUCCUCUCGACAACCCUCUUCAGCACAUCCCUGAUGACCUAGAUCUCAUGGACAUUCCAUCAUUACAAUAGCUCAGGCACUUAUCUAUUGUUUGCCAGCUCCUGUAAUAUAUAUAUAUAUAUUUUUUUUUCUUGCAUUCUUUUUUUUUUUUUUUUUUUAAAGCUGCCGUUCUGGACAGCAGGUUUGCCCCAGCAUAUAACCAUCUGGAUUGCGUCCAGUUUGAAUUUCAUUUUUCAUAGGACCAAGUUUUAGUCGCAGCUCGGGUUUUUGACACAUUUGCUCUAAAUUGUGGUGGAGGAGGAAGACACGCUAGACACCACUAUUUUGACUGUCAAGAAAGAAAGCACCAUCGUUAAGACCACUGGUAUGCUGUGGAUGGCUCUGUAAUAGAAAACAAGUGGCAGUCUCCUCAUUUGUCAAAGUUUUUCAGAAAAACAAGUUGUUGGUUCUUUUUUUUAUUAUUAAUUACUGCAUUUGUAAACCCAUGCUGUGUAAAAAAGAAACAAAAAACUGUGGAAUAAAUUGCCUUCUAAAGUCUUGAACUAAAGAUGUGGUAUCACCCUGUCUGUCCUUGCUCGGUACUAAAUGUCCUGUCCAAAUGAAGACCCUUAUUAAAAAAUGAAGGAAAAAGUAGAAUGACACUCAUUGAAUGGGAGAUGGUUAUCGGUUGGAAUAAGCAUUUUUGGUUGUCUUGUUGACACUUAAAAUACAAAAGACAAAAAAAAAAAAACUACUGUGUAACCUGUGCCAUAAUCUCAAGAUGAUCUGUUGCUAUUGUGGAGCUGGUUUUAAUUCUAGUCCAGAGAAAGGAGUCGUCUUAGCAUUUGGUUAAGAAUGUUUUAGCAGAACCCUAAAAUGUUCAGGCCUUGUGAAGUUCUGUGUACAGACUGAAGGAGAAGAAGACAAAGUAGUUCUUGUGUGCUGAUAUUCUUCAGUUCUUUUUCUUUCCCCUGCACCCUUUCUUCCUUAUUGGAUACAAUCUAACAUGUCCUCAGAUGUCUGUCAUAUGCAUAAACCAAGAAAUGCCAUAAAAUUGAUUUGAUCACAUUGUUUACAGACAGAUCAAAUAAAUUUAUUCCAACCAGA